AUGCACGCCGACCUGCAGGCACCGGCGGGGCGCAAGCGUGCAUGUAAGUCAGCCAACGCCAGGCAUGCCAUAUAUGCCAUGCAUCCGUCGAUCGCCGCUGUCCGCCCGCGGGCCAUAUAUGCAGCGCCAUCCAGCAGCGAGUUGGCGGCUGCCGGCCGGGAAGCGGGCUAAACAAAGUCGAGCGUGCAUGCAUGGAGGAGAGUCGAGAUGUUUCUGAUUUGCUUACUUGCUACUGCCCUAGCUGAUUCGCCGCGUCAGCUUCAUUCCUGAUUCACGAUUCACGAUUAAUUGCAGGAAAGGGAACGCUAUAGCGUGUUUUCUUUUGCGCUUGCGCGUGUUCUGCGCUCGCGAGUCGCGACCCACAUUCACGUUCGUGAUUGCGGUACCGUACGGUACACGGGAUGGAUUGGCGCGGCUCUUUGUACGCUCAUCCCUCGUGAUUCACAUUGUGAGCCGGCUGGUUGACGUUGGAGAAGCAGAACGCUAGCGAUCUCUUGACCCCACUUUCGGCAAUUUGUUCUGGUGGAUGCUGGAGCAGGCAGCAAUCACUUCCGUGGCUGGCUGGCUGGCUGGCUGGCUGGCUGGCAUGCAUCGUGCCAUCCGCAUGCGUUCUCAGGUACGGCCAAGGAGCACUGCUGGGCAAGCCGAGCUUGGGGGGGGGGAGGCAGCUCAGCUCAGCCUCUUUUCGCUUCCAAGAGAGCAACGCGUCCAACGGGCCGACGGGUCCGAGCGAGAGGAAGGAUGGCACUACUGUACCACCCGUGGCCGCAGACUUGACGCUGAUCCCUCAUGCUGUGCUGUUCCUUUCGGCUUUCAGGGUCGACUGUGGCUGCGCAGAUGGAGACUGCUGCUGUCCUUUGUGGCUUUUUUUCUUUUCGCUUUGCAAUCCAAUCGAUCAUCAUGCGUGAUCGCAGCCAGCCAGCGAGGUGUUCAGCUAAUCACUCCCCUCAAGCAGACCCACUCACUUGUCCCUCGCCAAUCUAACAAGCCAUCUCGAGGCAGCGCACGGGAGUCUGACACAGCAAGCAACACUCGUUGACUCGAGAGUGCAGGACGUCGAUCACUUGCUAUCAUUGGCCUCGCACAAGCAUCGCAUCGCCUCGCCUCGCCUCGCCUCGCCUCAGGUCCGGCUUGUCUCCCCAUUUGUUUGAGCAUCGCAAGCGACGGUAUCUGAAGAGGAUCGCAUCCAACGAACGGCCCAGGGACAGAACGUGGUAUCCAUUCGUCCGUCGCACUUGGAACGCGGUCCGCGUCCGGGUUUGGGUCCGCGUCCGGGUCCCGGUCUGCGGUUGCCCCCCGGCGCUCCACUCUACCGUGAGCCUCAUUUGGACCAAGUGCGCCUACAUUGCUCCCUAUUAGACCAGCAGGCGGCGGUGCUGCACUGCAAUAUACGCAAGGCUUCGACACUGUGACUGCUGAGCAGACUCAAGACUCGCAUUCCGGCCGGCGCAAAUUGCCGUCACAUCGACUCACACUGUUCAGCAGCAAGAGACUGCGCCGUACCGAAGCAGCUUGGCAGUAGUGGUGAGUAGUAGCCAAUUGAAAUCCUUCAACCAGGCCUUUUGUACACACAAUCGCUCGUGACGCAUUCAGUGAUUCACGAUUGCAGGAGCGCGCACGCCGCACAGCUGGGCGACCAGAUCUUGCAGCUUCCAUCUCGUCUUCGUCUUCUACAAGUGUGAGUGCUUCUGUGCACAUCGCGCAGAAACUUUCCUCCUCACGCAUCAUCACAGCCUGAAUCACGACGUCGCUCGAGUCUGCGCAUACAAGCAGUGCUUUCCACCCAUACACCCAUCCACUACCCAUCCCGGCAAUCACGGCGGCGCUGAUUGCUCAUUCGUUGCAGCCACGCAAGCAUUCUACUCGGGCGCCAAGCAUCGUUCGUCAUUGGCCAGCGCUGCGCACCUCUGCCGCCUUCAUCUUCCCCGGCCUUGGCCGCUCGCUGUCGAGUACAUAUAAAAGUCAGCAACGCUGCUCCUACUUUACUCUACCCCUCGCCACUUUUUCUCAUCCAUCCACCCUCACGCCCCUCCCCUCAUUGCCAUCUCCAGCGACCUCCUCUUCCCCCCACCUCCCCCCUCCUCUCCAUGAUCGUCAUGCGCUCGUUGAAGCCGAGCUGCGCGAUCUCGCUUCUUCUCGGCUUCGCCGCUACUCUCGUGCGUGCCGACACGGCAAGCGCGCCUAUCAAGACGCAAGACGCUGCUGCUGCUUCUGCUUCUGCUGCAAAGUAUGCCUACACGGCAGGCAAAGAUGCAGAGGCGCUCUGCAAAGCGCUCGAGACGACGAUUGCCAAUGUGACCAGCUUGAAGAUCAACAAUACCUUUGCUCAAUACUAUCCCACGGGAAGCAAUCCCAGCUUGGAGCUCCUUACCCAACUGUACCCUGCAGGCACGAUUCCCAAGAGCGUCAGAGUCGGACCUAUCCUCGAGAGCGUCGGACCAGACAUUGACAUUACCAAGGAUUUUGGUGAGUCUGAGUUGCAUGCGGCACAGAUGGACGCCCCCCCUUCUUUAUGACUUGCCUAUUUGGAGAGCGUGCAUUUGACCCCCAUGCACCAACCAUUCUUGCUUCGUCGCCCGCGGGCCAGGUUACGGAAAAAGCGGCGGCGCUGGAGCCAGAGCUGCAAACAACGGUCCUCUUGGUGGCUUGCCCGCAUUCUGCCGCUUUGGCGCCUACAUCAUCACCAGUCCCGUGACCAUUGCCCUGACAGAGGUCUGGCUGCGUGAGUCUGAGUCGAGGGUCAAAAGUCGAACAAGGAAUGCCCGCGCGCGCGCGCGCCUCAUUUCCACGCUGACACGGAUUCUGGGUGUGGCAUUCGCAUUCGCAUUCGCGUUCGCAUUCGCAUUCGCAUUGCAGCCUUGGCCGAUGAUCCCUCCAUCGCUCUUGCGGCGAUCAACCAGACAGACUAUCCGACUGGUGAGAAGACAUUUUGCUGCAUCGGCUUGGUUGCGAUGCGCGCGCAUGCUGACCUUGCCGAUGGCCUCACGAAUCAGACUCGACGCCCAUCGAGCUGGGACCUAACGGCGAAUUCCUCAAGGGUCCGGCUUACCUUCUGGAAGGAGACUAUGAGGAAGUCAUCUCCGAGGAUCCCGAGGAUUCUCUAGUCGACACUCCUUCGACCAGGGCCACCAAGGGGGUGCCACCGCCUGGCUUCUUUAGCACGGGAGACAAAAAGGAGGAGAAAAAGACGACCGCGACGACCGAGGGCACGAGGGAGUCGGAAAAGCCUUUGAGCUCGAAAGAGUCUGGCAGCACGACGCAAAUCACUGCUCAGAAUGAAGGAGCUCCCACGAUCACCACGACCAGCACCAAUGCCGGUGAGAAGCAGGGCGGAUUGCAGUCAGAGACUAGCGUUGAGGGUCAUAUUGGAGGCAAGCCGUUCAAAUAUUCCGACAACUUCUCCCCCGACGCUGAUGACGCGUCAGGCUCCAAGAAGAAGAAGGAGCAGCUGCAGCAGAUCAACAGCCGUUCCAGCUCCAUGAUUCAUCGUCGCGAGUCCGGAGCAUGCAAUCACGACCGUCGCAGCAUCGAGACUGCCAAGUGUUCGGAGAAGAACAAGUUUGGUGGCAGUGCUGCGAGCAAGAAGCAUCGUGGCGAGCCUCUGAGCGGCGAAGAGCUGCUGGGCUGCUCUGACGGGUGGAACGGUCGAAUGCUGUUCAUCGGCAACGGCGGUCAGCGCGGCUUUGUGCCCUUGACCGAUCUGAAGCAGCAAAUGAGCCGUCACCGUUUUGCCGUCGUUGGCACCAACACUGGUCACUUUUCCACCGCCGGCGGCUGCAAUUGGGUCAAUGGUACGCAGUACGACGACACGCUGCUCGACUUUGGAAGUCGCAGCACGCACGUCAGCAAAAUUCUCGCCGAACAAGUCAUCGACGCCUUUUACGGUCCCGAAAGCGGUGUGCGCGUGCAGCAGGACGGCAACAGCAAGAACAAAGCUGCUAAUGCUGCUGCUGCUGCUGCUGCUGGUGGUGGUGGUGGUGGUGGUCGAAUUCGCGCUUACGCUGCCGGCGCGUCCGUCGGUGGUGGACGCGUGCUGGCCAGCGCUCAAGUCUACCCCGAAGACUUUGACGGCAUCCUCACCCUUUCGCCUGCCAUCUACUUUAGCGAUAUGAAUAGAGGCCAGGUACGUGGGGCUUCGUCGUGGGCAUGGCUCUGCUGCACGCCUUUCUCCGCUCACAUCAGCCACUCCCACUCGCUCCCUCUUCAGAUCCACACUCAAUCUCGACACCGCAAAAAAACUGCCAAGGAUGGAUGGUUCAGCGUGCGAAAGCUGGCUGGUCCGGUCAAGGAGGUGAUUUUGGACCAGUGCGACAAGCUCGACGGUGUCAAGGACGGUGUCAUCGAGUUGGCCAAGGAGUGCAAGCCGGUCUUUGAAAAGGAUCUGUUGUGCGGAGCGCCAGGCGCCAAAUUCGGAGGCGACAUCAAGACUUGCCUGAACCAGACGCAAAUCGACAAUCUCUACGAGCUCUACCGUCCAACUUUUGUCGAGGGAAAAUUCGUCUACGAUCGCUACCUGCCGGGCAUCGAGCAGCGCGUCGACAGUCUGACUGGAGCUGCCAAGAAAGCAGUGGACUGGACUCAGCUCGCCAUCCUCAAGUUCCCCCACCUCGACCCGUGCUGGGACGGUUACGGCGUGGGCAUCAACGCCACAGGCUCCGACUACACUUUUGAAGUGGUGGAAAAGGGUCGUGCAGAGGACCCAGGAGGCGUCAAUAACGAUGACCCUGACCUGUCCAGGUUCCUCAAAGCGGGCAAAAAGAUGAUUCACACGCAUGGUCUGGCCGAUAUCACCAUUAGUCCUCUUGCGAGCGAGCGAUAUUACCAGCAGGUCCUCAAGACGGUCGGCUCCAAAGGCAUCGUUGCCCAGGACGGCUACCUCUACUUUGAAGUUGCUGGCAUGUCCCAUGUUCGUGAUGGCAGAGGUCCUUGGCACUACGGUCAGAUCACUGCCAAUGAUGCUGGUAAUCGUCCAUUGAAGGUGCGUCCGUCGUGCUUGCCAUCCACGGUCGAAGAGCCCAGUCUGAUCUCUACCUUGACCACGUUCGCAGUGGGACAGCGAGCACGACAUUUUGCUCUCCCUCGUCAAAUGGGUCGAGACUGGAGACGCGCCAAAGUAUCAAGUGAGUCUUAGUGAGAUAUCAACAACAAAAGCCCUGCUUUGGUUUUGGAAUAUUGACACGAAUGCGUGCGGGGGGUGCAUAAACAGAUCGGCGCAGCGUACCACCAACGCGGUAGGAUCAUCCCGCCCAGCAACGACGAUCUGAACCGCAGCAGCAGCAGCGACCCGACUUGCGAAAAGAAGAAGGAUAGCCCCGGCGCCCUCACCGCCCUUCCUACCGACAAGCCCACGACGGCGGCUAAUGGCGGCGGCGGCGGCACUACAAGCACUCGUCGCGCCCUUGAAGCCCUUUUGCGUCGUCAAACUUCCACUGCGAGCACUCUUCGAGACGCCGAAAAGAAGACAAAGGGAGAGACUCUCAAUGCUGACAAUGGCGGCGACGAAAAGACGACUGAAAAGACUGCUGAUACGGGAGCCGGAUCAGAGAAGUCUGGAGGCAAUAGCAAGACGACGGAUGCGGGUACAAGCGCUGCUGAUGCUGGUUCAGAUAAGCCUGCCGGAUCGACCAGCGACGCAACUCCCGCCACCGGCGACAAGAAGGAAAAGAAGCUGAAAAACCCCUACACCGACACUAUGCUGGUGAGUGAGGGCCCUGUAGCAAUGAGUUUGCGCGUAAAAACAAAGGCAACGCUGAUAUUCAGAUCCCCCUCCGCGCCAAAACCACUUUUGUUUUUUGCAGUUGCCCACCGUCUUUGCCAGCUACGAGUACGGUGUGCUGUUUACCCGCCCACUUUGCCCCUACCCAGGUCGCGUCGUGUACAAUGGCGGACCGACGAACGGCAAGGAUGCUUACAAGAGCUUCUCUUGCAAGUUGCCUUGA